GAAAACAAGGAGCAAGUUAAUCUCCAUACCUGGCACCAGACCUUCGGUUCAAAACGGGCAGCUCUUAGUUUCCACCGGUGUCACGUCUCUCGACUAUCUCCUUGGUGGUGGAUUAGCUGUUGGAACGGUACUUCUUGUAGCUUUAGCAGAUAUGAUUCAGGACUCCUGCUCUCCCACUCCCCUGUGUAAAGGCAAAUGAAGCUGAGGCGUUUCCCUCCUGUUACCAGACCUUAGUCCGAAUAAGCAAAAAAGAAGAAAAAAAUCAUCCCAUGACUGGCUAGAGUGACUGAUCUACCUCAAAGAUAUGACCGCCCCCCCACCCCCUGUUGCUUCUAUACCCCACCACCUCCUGCCCACCCCCUCUCCUUACCCCCCACCUCAACAGCCUAAUGACUCCUGGAGGUUCCAUUUGUAAGGCUCCCAUAGAAACACAACCACAAUAGGCCCCAUCUUGAGAGGGCCCAUCUGGGAGUCUUUGUGGGGCCUGCUGAAAGCCACAAAGGCCUGCUGACCUAGAAACCCAUCAAUAAGAGAACAGGGAGCCCCACCGACAACAAAUUGAAGAGCCAUGGAAUUUCCUGAGCCAUCCUAAGUCCGUAGAGGAGGACCGAUAUGAUAGCUACUCUCGUAUGAUCUUAAAGUACUUCCUCUCGGAAGGAGUGGUGUGUCGACAUGAACUUUUUGUGGCUACAGCUCAGGAUGACCCAGAUGACAUCUUACAGGAACUCCCAGCUCCCAUCUUGGAUGAUGUUGCCAUACACAAGCCGCUGGAGCAGCCCUUGCUCUCUUGUGAACCUUCGAAUAGUUUGGAUGCCAUGAAGAUUGCCUGGCGCUAUCAAAAUCUUCCAAAAGUUCAGAGUGCCCUAGCAUCUUCGUCCCGGUUCGGGCACUACUAUGACGUCUCUAAGACAAUGGAGCCAGAAAUCCGCCAAGCAGCCAAGUGCCAUCGCUUCUACCUUCCAGAACAUCCCACCCUGUCAUCACCCACGCACAGUCCCGUGCUUGAGUCCUACUCUGCACUGUUGAAGUCACUUCAAGACAUCAUACACAAAGAGGGUUUUGAUGUAGCUGCACCCAUGUCAAGGCCCCGUAACAUCUUGCGCAUUGGGCUCCACUCCCUUGGCUCUGCUCUUUGGGGUGACGACCUGACUUGCCAUGAUAACCCUGCACACCGCCAUGCCCUAACCACCUUUCUCUACGGACUCCGUGCUUUGCUGAGGUCAUCACUCGCCGUUGCAGUGGUUACUGUAUCUUCACAUCUCAUCCAGGACAGAGCUCUAAUGGGCAGCAUAACCAGGCUAUGUGACAAUGCCAUAGCCCUGGAAUCAUUCAAAGGCUCUGAGAGAGAGACCAACCCACUCUACAAAGAUUACCAUGGCCUCCUACAUGUACGUCAGGUACCUCACCUGAACUGUCUGGCAAGUCAGCUCCCUGACCACAAGGACCUGGCUUUUAAGCUCAAGAGAAAACAGUUCACUAUUGAGAGACUGCAUUUGCCUCCAGACUUGUCCGAGACAGUGAGUCGUGUGAGCAGGGGGGAGCAGGCGGGAGCGGCCGCCGUGGCUUCAGCUUGUGGCUCCGGCACUUCCGGCAACAAACACCUGGACUUCUAGUGCUCUCACACAAACGCCACGGGCAAUCAACACCUGGAAAGCUACAGCGUUGCCCUCUUUACGGCGAUGACCAGGAGGUUUCCUCACCCACAUAAUGUCAACCACGAUAAGCCUGCCAGCCAUUACCACCUGCCAACUGUCCCAGCCAGGGGUGAAGACCUAAAAAUCCACAGAACGUGUCCUCACAGCCGACAGCCGAAGUCAUUCUACAUUUCAAGUACUUUUUAUGCAAAGAUUCAGAUAUGUCAUCAAAAACAUUGUUAAUCUUAUUGACCAGGUUUAAACCAAUGUGAACCCUCUGAUAGUCAUACAUUAAGGCUAAGAUGAAUUAUUAUUUUAGAUGUUGAUUGUAUUUUCUUUGUCUCUUCCUCUGGGUAUGCUGUUUACAUGUUAAGUGUAAUCAUGAAAUAUUUUUAAGCCCUUACCGACUCUCAGUCUUAGCAAACCUUAAAUAAUUGAAGUGCAUUCUCUGAACCUCAGGGCUUGCUUUACAAAGCACAUGGCUAAUCCUGCAUCCAGUAGCCCCACGUUCAACCGGCUGAAAGUUCUGCUUUAUUUUCUAGUGUGAUGCAGCGAGUUCUGCUUUAAUUUAUUUAAAUAAAAACACAUGAAAUGCACUGCACUUCAUCAUAUGCUCUUUAAUCCGUUUUUUCUUUGCAGAGUCUCAUCUGUGAGAGGAUGUGAAGUAAGUACGCUCUGAAUAAUUGAUCUCUGCUGUGCCGUCCUGGUCUCAGGUUUGAAUGGGGGUGUCUCGGUCUUACCCCGAGACUGCGCCGGUGUAUGGCGUCUACCUCCAGCGAACUGGGGAGCGGAGCAGGAAUGUGGGCAGAGGCUAGGAGAGCUGGCUUUGGGUGCAGGCUUCACACCUCAUCAGGCAUGUUUGCUGGAUGAGCUGCUUUGCCAUGACAAGCCCAAAAGAACAAAUUAGGUCAAAUGGUGACACGGAGAAACACAAAAAAAAAACACAUGAAAAAUUAAAUGUUUCAUCUUUGUUUUCCACAGUGCGCUGCUGAUGCCAGUUUGAGUAGCUUUGCCCGUAAAAACUGGCAGUAUUGGUAACUAUUUGCAACAUGUGUUGGGAGAAGGUAGUGUUACCUGACAGUUUCAUGCAUGAAUGGAGGGCUUUUUUAUCGGGUGUGUGAGAGGAAGAUGACGUACACAGGUCAUUUCUACAGGUGAACGAAAACUUGUAUUGUCAAGAUCAAGCUGUUUUCCUAGUAACUGUUUCUGACCUGACAUAUUCAGAGUAUUAAGGUUUUGAGGGGGAGGGAGAGUAAACUUUAACACAUUUACUGCCGUACUGCAGCAUGUCUGUGUCUCAAGGUCGCACUUAGUCCAGUAAGGAAGUUUUAAAACCAUCAGACAAGUUUCAGUAAUUAUAAAGAGAGAGUCUUCACAAGAACAGUUUACUGAGGAGGAGCCGGUACGUACAUUAGACCCAGCUUCAGGUUUAAUUUACAUAUAUACUGUAUGUGCCAUACAACAUUUCUAAAAAAUACACAACAUUUAUAAUCAGCAGUGAGUGGACCUGUCAGUUUUCCCUUUUUACGUAAAGGUUUCUGAACGUGGCAUGAGAGUGGGUCAUAAUUAGCCUGAGUUGUAUCUCUAAUAAAUUUGACUUAGCAAUUCAA